UUCUUAACCAUCUCAUUCUCUUUCUCUUCUUCUUCUUCUUCAUAACCGUACGUAUACGCGUUUUGUAUCUAUAAUAAUUCUAUAUAUCAGUUCAGCUCAGUUCAGUUCACCUAGGGUUUCUGUAAUCCUCAAUUCGAUCGAGAUGUUUGGAGAUUCGAUGGAUCUUAAGUCUAAUUCCCCCAUACUCACUGAUCCCAUACCGAUUAGCAAACCGAAAUUAGAUUUUCACGACUCGUUGCUACCGUAUUCAUCUUCCGAAGUCUUCUCUCAAGGCCCGUUUCUGACAAUUCCAUGGAGAAAACCGGGACUACUUGAUGACGUUCUUUCUACUAGCUGGUUGGAUGCCAUGAAAUCUUCUUCCCCGAGGAAUAUAAUGAAAUAUAACGGCAAUGAGUUUUCACCGAAUGAUGCGGAUGUUGCUUACCACAAUUGGAUGCUUAAGUAUCCGUCUGCGCUUACGUCCAUUGAACAUAUUGUGAAUAACGCGAAGGGAAAGAGGAUUGCAUUGUUUCUAGAUUAUGACGGGACACUGUCCCCGAUUGUCGACAAUCCGGAUCAUGCCUUCAUGUCUAAUGCUAUGCGUGCUGCUGUUAGAAAUGUAGCAAAAUGCUUUCCGACAGCAAUUAUUAGCGGCAGAAGCCGUGAAAAGGUACGCAAGUUUGUAGGACUGAAAGAACUAUAUUAUGCUGGUAGUCACGGGAUGGACAUAAUGUGUCCGGUUCAGUCUCCAGCUGAUCAUACCACUGAGGUUAACGAAGGAAAUUUGUACCAGCCUGCUAGUGAAUUUUUACCAAUGAUCAACGAGGUUUUUACGUCCCUUGUUGAGACAACCAAAAAUAUAGAAGGAGCAAAAGUUGAAAACAACAAGUUUUGUGUCUCGGUGCACUACCGGAAUGUAGAUGAGAAGAGCUGGAAAGCAGUGGCAGAUUACGUCCAAGACACCUUGAAACGCUAUCCGCGUCUAAGAUUGACACAUGGGCGAAUGGUUUUAGAGAUCCGCCCUGUGCUAAAGUGGGACAAGGGGAAGGCUGUUGAGUUCUUACUUGAAUCACUUGGUUUAAGUAGUUGUGAUGAUGUGCUCCCUAUAUAUGUAGGAGAUGACAGAACCGACGAAGAUGCAUUCAAGUUUCUAAGAGAGGGUAAUCGUGGUUACGGCAUAUUGGUGACUCCUGCCCCAAAAGAAAGCAGCGCAUAUUAUUCUCUUAGAGAUCCAUCAGAGGUGAUGGAAUUUAUCAACUUGCUGGUGAUCCAUAAGAAGUUGGUUCCAUGAUUUGACUUACGUAUAGGAAGAUUAUAUGACGUCAUUAUAAUUUAUUUAUUUAUAAAUAAUAAAACAACAGGAAUUGGAGUUGGAAGAAAUGAGCACUUUCCCAUAGUCCCUUAUCAGCCAACUGUAAAUCUUUUUUCUCUUUUUUUUUUGGAAUUUUAUAUUAUAUAUUUGUAAAUUUUAUCGAUCUUCAUAGCAAUUCCAUUAUUUUUGUCGA